CCGCCGUCCCCGCCCGGUGCCAGCUCCGGGCACGGUUCGCGGGAGCAACUUGGCGGCUCGUCCCCGUGCUGCCUGUGCCCGGGCCAGCGCGGCCAUGGCGGGCGGCCGGCCCCGCCGCCCCUAGAGCCGCCCGAGCCGCCGGAGCCACCGAGAGCCACCGGAGCCACCGGAGCCGCCGGGAUGAGCGCGCUCGCCUUCGACGACGCGGCCCUGGAGGGGCUGGCACCGUCCCUCGGCCUCUCCGGGGCCAGCGACAUCGACACGGCCCUGCUCAGCGACAUCGACGACAUGCUGCAGCUGAUCAACACGCCGGACAAUGACUUCUCGGGGUUGUUCGACUCACCGUUCAGUGCCCCGGACAGCGCCGUGCCCCCGGGGCUUCCCUCCACGCCGGGCACCCUCAACACCUUCCUGGGUCCCAGCAAGCCGCCCCCGGCCGCCCCCACCGGCAGCGCCUACGCGGGGCCCCCCGGCAUGGCCAGCUUCACCCCGCCGCCCCCGGCCCCGCUGCUGCCGGCGCCGGCCCUGGGUGUCAAGGAGGAGCCAUCCGUGGUGCCCAGCAGCCAGCCCCAGCCCCAGCCCGGCGUCAUGCUGGCCCCCAGCUUCGUCCCUGCGUCCCCCAGCCCCUUCACUCCCCAGCCCUUGGUGGGCUACCAGAACCAGCACAGCUUCUCAGCUGUGCAGCCUGGGAGUGCGGGGCAGACCCUGCCAAGCCCUCUGCCCACCCCACAACCCAGCCAGCCUGUGACACUGCCCGCCCCCGUGCAGAACGUGGCACCCCAGCAGCUCCUGGCCCCCGCCACCGCCACCACCCAGUCCGUGUCACCACAGAUCCAGUCAGUGCCGGUUCUGCUGCAGCCCCACUUCAUCAAGGCUGACUCCCUGCUGCUGACGGCCGUCAAGACAGACGCCAGCAGCGCCAAGACUUCCACCAUGGCCUCCCUGGCCACCAGCGCCGGCGGCUCUGCCACGCCGCUCCAGGUGCCGGCGCUGGUGAGCGGGGGGACCAUCCUGGCCACGGUGCCGCUGGUGGUGGACGCGGAGAAGCUGCCCAUCAACCGGCUGGCGCCCAGCGGGAAGCCGGCGCUGGCGCAGAGCCGCGGCGAGAAGCGCACGGCGCACAACGCCAUCGAGAAGCGCUACCGCUCCUCCAUCAACGACAAGAUCGUGGAGCUCAAGGACCUGGUGGUGGGCACCGAGGCCAAGCUCAACAAGUCGGCGAUCCUGAGGAAGGCCAUCGAGUACAUCCGCUUCCUGCAGCAGAGCAACCAGAAGCUGAAGCAGGAGAACCUCGCCCUGAAGAUGGCCAUGCAGAAGAACCAGCCUGUGAAGGACCUGGGGACGCACUGCAGCCGGGGGGCCAAGGCAGAGGCCCCCAUGGAGGUGGUGAAGGCAGAGGUGAUGGAGAUGCUGACACCGCCGCCCUCAGACGUGGGCUCACCAUCCCACAGCAGCCCACUCUCGCUCAGCGGUGGCAGCAGCAACAGCAGCAGCGACUCAGAGCCUGACAGCCCCCUCUGUGCCCCUGGCAAGGUGAAGCAGGAGCACCCUCCACCCUCGCCCAGCAGCCAGGGAAUGCUGGACCGCUCCCGCAUGGCCCUCUGCGCCUUCGUCUUCCUCUGCCUCUCCUUCAACCCCCUGGCCUCCCUCCUGCGGGGUUCUGCCUCCCCGGCCCCCUUGGGGAGCCAGGACACCGCUGGUCCCGGCAGGAGCAUCAUGGCUGAGUCUGGCACUUUGGAGGACCCGCGGGGGUGGACGCAGUGGCUGUGGCCCACACUGGCCUUCUGGGCACUGAACGUGGCGCUGGUGCUGGGCGCGGUGGUGCGGCUCUUCGUCUGCGGGGAGCCCGUCACUCGCCCCCACUCCGAGCCCUCCAUCCUCUUCUGGCGGCACCGCCGGCAGGCCGACCUCGACCUCGACCGGGGGGACUUCGCGCAGGGCGCCCAGCACCUGCGGACGGCGCUCGGGGCGCUGGGGCGGCCGCUGCCGGCCUCCCACGGGGACCUGGCCUGCAGCCUGCUCUGGACGCUCCUGCGCCACCUGCUCCAGCGCCUCUGGGUGGGGCGCUGGCUGGCUGCCCGCGCCGGGGGGCUGCGCCCGGACCCGCCACCCCCUGCCCACGUCCGCCAGAGCGCCCGCGACGCUGCCAUGGCGUAUCACCGCCUGCACCAGCUGCACCUCGCCGGGAAGCAGGCUGGGGGACAUCUGCUGGCCAUCAACCUGGCACUGAGUGCUGUCAACCUGGCUGAGUGCGCCGGUGACGCCAUCUCGGUGGCAGCGCUGGCCGAGAUCUACGUGGCGGCUGCCCUGCGGAUCAAGGCCAGCCUGCACCGCUGCUUCCACUUCCUGGCGCGCCCCUUCCUCUGCAGCGCCCGGCGCGUGGCCCUGUCCCAUGGUGGGGCCGUGCCCCCCGCCAUGCAGUGGCUCUGCCACCCCUUGGGCCACCGCUUCUUUGUUGACGGGGACUGGGCUGUCAAGGGUGUCCCCAGGGAAACCAUCUACAGCUCUGCCGGCAACCCAGUGGACCCGCUGGCUCAGGUGACCCAGCUCUUCCGUGAGCACCUCCUGGAGAAGGCGCUGUGCUGCGUGGCCAUGCCUGAGCCCGGCCGUCCCACCGCCCAGGGAGAGGGGCGGUUCUCCGAUGCCCUCGAGUACCUGCAGCUGCUGAACGGCUGCUCGGAUGUCAGUGGCACACCUGGCCCCACACCCUCCAUCACCUCCGGCUUGGCGGCUGUCACAGGUGAGGCUGGCGUGUCCCCCAUUGGGGUCACUUCAUGUGGGGGGCCAUGGGAGUGGAAACAUCCUGCUCCUGUGUCCCUCCCACCUGCAGGCACCGACCCAGUGUCCAAGUGGUGGGCAUCCUUCAUUGGCAUCGUUAUCCACUGGCUGCAGGGAGAUGAGGAGGGGGCUGAGCGCCUCUACCCGCUGGUGGAGACCAUGCCCCGGGCACUGCAGAGCUCUGAGAAGCCCCUUCCCCGUGCUGCCCUGCACUCUUUCCGAGCUGUCCGUGCCUUGCUGAACAAACAGGAUGGGAGCCAGGCCACCCUGGGCCACUGCGAGAAGGCCAGCAGCUGCCUGCGGGAGAGCCUGGAGCUGGGCAGCCCCCCCAAGGGCACCAUCGACAAGGCGGUCCAGCUCCUGCUCUGUGACCUGCUGCUGGUCACCCGCACCAACCUGUGGCAGCAGCAGAUGGGGGCGAGCCAGCAGCGCAGCUGCCUCUACCAGGCAUCCGCCCUGGAGCUCCGCGGCUUCCAGCAGGACCUCAGCAGCCUGCGGCGCCUGGCGCAGACCCUGCGCCCCGCCAUGCGCCGGGUGUUCCUGCACGAAGCCACCGCCAGGCUGAUGGCCCGGGCCAGCCCCACGCGCACCCACCAGCUGCUGGACCGCAGCCUGAGGAGGAGAGGGGUGCAGGGCAGCAAGACAGCUCUGUCCCCUGCAGCUGGCGAGCCAGAAAGCCACCCCACGCCCCGGGAGCACGCCGAGGCGCUGCUGCUGGCCUGCUGCUACCUCCCGCCCAGCUUCCUGGCGGGCCCGGGCCAGCGCGUGGGGAUGCUGGCCGAGGCCGCCCGCACGCUGGACAAGCUGGGCGACCGCCGGACGCUUCACGACUGCCAGCAGAUGAUCAUCAAGCUGGGCAGCGGCACCACCGUCACGUCGGGAUAGGUGGGGAAGGGGCCGCCAGCCCCCUGCCACCCCCGCGGGUGCGGGAUGCCGGGUGGCGGGAGGCCGUGCCUCAGUUUCCCCGCUGGGUGAUGUUAGGGCAGCGGUUUUGGGGGUGAAGGGGUGGGUGGGGAGGGGGCGGGUGAUGCCUGGUGGAGGUGGCCACACGUGGGGUGCCCUGGGUGGGCUCCCCCCGACCCCCGGCCGUGUCCGUGUCCCCAGCCCGCGCGGGGGACGGGGCGGGGGGCCCUCUAGUGCCACUGCCGCAGUAUUGCAGGGCACCGGCGCGCGCGGCAGCGACCCCCGGUGCCACCCGACCCCCCCCGGUGCCACCCGCAUCCCCCCGCUGUCACUGCACCCCCCCGGGGGUCCCACCGCUGCGGGACCCCUUGGCUUGGGGGCUUGCUGCUGGAGAUGUGGCCCCACGGCAGCGGGGACGUGCCCCCUGCCCUGCCAUGCCCUUGGUAGGCAAGAGGGGACCCCCACCCUUCCCCCUGCUCCGAUCCCCCCCAUUGGGAGCUGCCAGCACCCCCGAGCACGGACAGGCUCUGGGAGAAGGGCUGGCAGGGUGGCACGGGGCUCCUGGGGGGCUGGUGGGUGCCCCUGUGUCCUCGCUUCACCCCCUCUUGUACAUAGACCCCUCCCCUCGCCUCCCCCCACUCCCCCUUUCCCUUUUUAAACGGUAUUUUCAUAGUUGGAGAGUUUUGUACAGACAAUUAAAGCUGAUUAUUUAUA